CUUUGAUGGACAAAUCCUCACGGAGCUUUUCCCCUCGGCAAGUUCCCGGGAUCUACCUGUUGAGUUUAUCUUCGAGCAAGUGUUCUGGAAUCAGGACAAUCUCCAUCACGCCUUUAUGCGCCACUAUUCAUACUAGUAGGAUCCUUUCACUUCCCUGCUCGACGGCUCCGCGGAUUCACACAGAUCCUCCGGCAGUUCCAUCUGCAUUGUAUUCACGCGACCAGGGAAGUCGUUGGUUGCGCUUUAUGCACUCAGGUCUGCGGCGGUCUCGGUCGCGCUAUCCUGUGCCCACCCAAAAUUUGCACACACUCCGCUAGUCAACUUUGGCAUCUCUCUCCCCUUCUGUACCCGCCUCAAGCGCUUCUCCGUUGGGUUGUGCUCAUUGUUCCGGGAUGUUGAUGCCGAUGUCCUACACAAGUGGAACAUGUCAAUGCCCGUUCGCACGACAGAAUCCUGGUGAGGAUCAGGGUCCAGUCGGUAUGCGGUGCAACCCUUCGCGGAAAGCCGGUUGUCCGUUGAUGGGAUAAGGGAGGGAAAAAGAGUUGCGAUGAUAAAAUGGCGUGCAGUGCCUCGUGCAGGGCUAAAAGUGCCUUUCAUCUUGUCUCUCGAUUGCGCAAUUGCUCGACAUAAAGGCUGUGUAUGCGGUUGAGCGAUUGCGUGCUCAAAGCCAGCCCCGAUUUUCUUACGUUCUGACGUGCUCACCUCCAAAUCACAUCCGCCAUUGGCCUGGUCUCAGACGUCAAUAUCAUCCACCAUCUCCUCCCUCAUCGGACUGGUUAAUCACACCUUAAGCUCAACCCACUACCCCGGAUUCUGACCCCAGGUCGGCUUCCCCAGCUUCCCUUAUAAGCGGAGAGUCCGACUUCUCUCUGUUCUGCUCAAGCCUCUCUGAUCGGCAUCAGUCAUCUCGCCCACCUCAUUGAGGACUUUAUCCUUCACCUCACCCCAUCUCGUAUUAGCCGAAACCUCCCGUUCUUGACGACAGACGACCAUGCCGGCAGCUCUCAACUCUCAACCGGCUUCUCCGGAGCUUACGCCCGCAAAUGGUUUCACCAAUGGCAAUGACCAUACCAACGGCAAUGGCUAUAUCAACGGCAAUGGCUAUACCAACGGCAAUGGCUAUACCAACGGCAAUGGCUAUACCAACGGCAAUGGCUAUACCAACGGCAAUGGCUAUACCAACGGCAAUGGCUAUACCAACGGCAACGGGAUCGCUCCCGGGCAGGACAAGGAGAAGCAGCUGAACAUCCUAUACAUCAUGGCAGAUCAGCUCGCCGCGCCUGUGAUGAAAAUCUACAACCCGGAAUCCAUUGUUGAGACGCCCAAUAUUGACGCUCUGGCCGCAAAAUCCGUCCAGUUUGACUCGGCAUACUGCCCGUCGCCGCUCUGCGGCCCUUCGAGGAUGAGCAUGAUCACGGGUCAGCUCCCCAUGAAGAUCGGAGCGUAUGACAAUGCGGCCCAGAUUUUGAGCGAUAUCCCUACUUACGCCCACUACCUCCGACGCGAUGGCUACCAUACGGUUUUGGCUGGAAAGAUGCACUUCGUGAUGGACCAGAAGCACGGGUACGAGAAGCGUCUUACCACUGACAUUUAUCCCGGCGACUUCGGCUGGGCAGCCAACUGGGAUGCGGAUAUUGAGCGGCCCGAGCAAAGGCUAGAAUGGUACCACAAUGCGAGCUCAAUCGAACAGGCUGGUCCUUGUGUUCGCAGCAACCAGCUUGAUUACGACGAGGAGGUUAUGUAUAAGUCCACGCAGUUUCUUCAUGACUACGCUCGCAGCGGAGAGCCGAGGCGCCCGUUCUGUUUGACGGUUUCCCUUACUCACCCUCACGAUCCCUACACCAUCGAAGACGAGUAUUGGGAUAAGUACAAGGAAGUAGAAAUUGAUCUCCCCAAGGUUCCCAGAAUUCCGAACGAGGAGCAGGAUCCCCACAGCAAGAGACUGCUUAAGGUCUGCGACUUGUGGGACAAGAACUUUACGGAUGAUCAGAUCAAGCGCGCACGCAGGGCCUACUAUGGCGCUGUCAGCUAUGUUGAUGACUGUGUUGGCAAGCUACUCAAGGUCUUGGAGAAGUGCAAACUUGCCGACGACACCAUCAUCGUCUUCAGUGGCGACCACGGAGACAUGCUUGGUGAGCGCGGACUCUGGUACAAGAUGAGCUACUUCGAGUCAUCCGUUCGUGUCCCUCUUCUGAUUUCUUAUCCCAAAAAGUACACGCCUCAUCGUGUGACCCAGAACGUGUCCACCUUGGACAUUCUGCCGACCAUGGUUGAUUUGAUCGGCAAGAAGCUGGUUCCUGGCCUGCCGAUGGACGGCAAAUCCCUUCUUCCGUUCCUGGAAGGACGCGACGCAGAAGGGCACGAUACCGUCAUCGCCGAAUAUACGGGCGAGGGCACCGUCAGCCCCAUCAUGAUGAUCAAACGCGGCAACUGGAAGUUCAUCAUCUGCCCCGCGGACGGCGUUCAGCUGUUUGAUCUGGGACGGGAUCCGCUUGAACUUGAGGACCUCGCCAAGGUUCUUGCGGAGCCAAAGUCAGAGAUGCUCGAUCCCGAGUAUAGAGAGACGGCGGAAAUCAUUUUGAGAGGAUUUGAGGCUGAGGCGAAAGUGCGAUGGGACUUUGAAAGUAUCACCGAGCAAGUCCUUCUCUCGCAGAGGAAACGCAGAUUUGUGUGGAGCGCCUUUACGGCGAAGAACUCAGAGGGCGAGAAAUGGGACUUCAAUCCGCUCGAGGACGGCCGGGAGAAAUACAUCCGCUCACAUAUGCCCCUCGACGAGCUUGAGCGUAUGGCUCGCUUUCCGCCUGUCGACGCCAACGGCAAUGAGCUACCCAAGGGGGCGCCCAUCAAAGUUCACCAAGCAGGGUCCCAUGAGGAGUGAUAGGUUUGAUGGUGCCGGAAGAUAAAAUGGCGUUUUAAGACAUUUGAUGGGCGUUCUUUUGGGAUGAUCAGUGGUUCACUGGUUCACGAUGACAAGAUAGUAGAUACCCCGGCUUGGCAUCAGCGACGGGGCAUUAGCGACGGGCAUUAGCGGACGGCAAGCAAGCAUCAGCACAAAGCACUCUUCUUUUUUGUAUUUUUUUGUAUUUUAUCAUCAAUAAGCGUGGAAAUCGAUCAUACUGUAGCAUUCAAUUGGAUAUAAAACUCCUGUCAUGUACCUAUGAGAAGUCAACCAUUAUCGGUGUAC